GCCAGAGGUUAAAGCGUGCUCUCUCUUCACAAUAAACUCAUGGCCAUCUGAAGAGAUCAACUUUACAUACAUGGCAUCCGGCCCUUCACAACCACCGAAGAGACCAACGGAGCCCAAGAGCUGUCAAAGCACUGUCACCAUUUAACUGACAAUCAGUCUAUGGGCUCUCAGUCCAGUUCUGGGAUGUCCGGUCGGGGCUCUGGCAACAACCCAGACCAGUCAGAACCAGAACCCAACCAGAAUUCCAAUCCGACGGGUCACACACCGGCCGAGAGGCAGUCAGGAUCUGAAGAGGACGUUGAUUUGGCACAAGUUCUGGCGUACCUACUGCGAAGGGGCCAGGUCCGCCUGGUCCAUGGAAGUGGAGCGACGGGCCUACAGCUCGUGCAGUCAUAUUCAGACUCAGAUGAGGACAGCGAUGGGGCCUGGGACGGGCGGCUAGGACAUCGAUAUGACCCUCCAGCGGAUGCCCAACCAGACACACAGGAAAUAGACGGCAGUGAGAUCCGCACUCAGAUCCUGCUUGCCACUGCUUCCUCAGGCCUAAAGGGCAGACACAGUUUCACACAUAUGCUAGCGGAGCGGGAACAGGGACGGUGUCAUGGGUCCAGUUUCUCUCAUGGAGAGUGCAGCCGAAUCCGUUCACAUUUCCUGCCUAAUCAUGUGGUAUACAAGGACACCUAUCAGCAGAAAGUCUUUUGUGGAGUCUACAGUGAUGAGGGAAACAUGUUCCUGUCUGCAUGCCAAGAUCAGAAUAUCAGAUUAUAUGACACUAGCAGGGGCCGUUUUACUCUAAAGAAGACCAUCAAGGCCAGAGACGUGGGUUGGAGCAUUCUGGAUGUGUGUUUCACCCCUGAUGCACGUUGUGUGCUGUACUCCAGUUGGUCUGACUACAUCCAUGUGUGCAGUGUAGAUGGGGACAAUGAAACACACACCGCUCUGGACCUCAAUCCUGAUGAAAGGAGGUUCUGUGUUUUCUCACUGGCUGCAUCCACAGAUGGAAAAGAAAUUUUAGGCGGAGCAAACGAUGGCUGCCUGUAUGUGUUUGAUCGUGAACAAAACAAGAGAACUCUAAAGAUCGACGCUCACGACGAUGACGUGAAUACUGUAGCGUUUGCAGACAGUUCUUCACAGCUGCUGUUCUCAGGCAGUGAUGACGCGCUAUGUAAGGUAUGGGACAGACGUACCCUCAGAGAAGACAGACCACAGCCUGUGGGUCAUCUGGCUGGACACAGAGAUGGAAUCACCUUCAUACACAGCAAGGGUGACGCUCGGUAUUUGAUCAGCAACUCCAAAGAUCAGACCAUUAAGCUGUGGGACGUGAGGAAGUUUUCACCCCAAGAGGGGGUGUCGGCUUCACGGCUCGUUGUCGCACAACAGAACUGGGAUUACCGCUGGCAGCAGGUUCCCCAGAGAGCACUAAAGAGGCAUAAGCUGACUGGCGACACCUCUGUGAUGACCUACAGGGGUCAUGGGGUUCUGCACACGCUCAUUCGCUGCCGCUUUUCCCCUGAAUACAGCACUGGACAGAAGUUCAUUUACUCAGGCUGUUCAACAGGCAAAAUCGUCAUCUAUGAUGUGCUGACGGGAUCCAUUGUGUCCAAAUUGUCCAAUCAUGACGCGUGUGUGAGGGACGUCAGCUGGCACCCCUACCACAACAACAUGGUCAGCAGCUCGUGGGAUGGUGCCAUCCGUCUGUGGGAACACACGCAGAACCUCCCUCUGGACACAGAUCGAGAAAGGAUGAACGUGGAUAUGGUGGACAUGAAAACCAAACUCUAUUGAUGACAUCAGAGGGAGAUGGUGCCAUCACUGCAGGAAUGGAAUGAACGAGGAAUGAAGAAAAAAACUAAUCAGAAAAGAGAAUAGAUUUUGUAAAAUCAUAUUGAUGUAGUGUUAGGCAGGCUCUUCAGGUGUCUGUUUGAUUUCACAUUAAUGGCACACAAGAUGAUUCAAAUAUGUUUAAAGGAUCAUUUAGUUAAUGGACACGGGGCGUGCUGUGAUUUCUGUUUUACGCCUCUCUCUCAGCUCCAAGAUGACCAUUGAUGCUUAAGUGAAAGACUUGAGUGAAUUUCACCAAUAUAAACAACACAUGAUUUCAGAAAGACACAAACACAACUGCUUCGCUUGAAAAAUCCCUGUAUGGUAACUGUGUUGCUUUACCCGAAACAAAGCAAUACUUGCAUAAUGAAAUCUAGCACGAUAUUUUACACCUAAUGGACAUUUCUAAAAGUGCAACGGAUUCUGGGAAUAAUUCUAAAUAUUGUAAGAUAUUUUAUUGCUAUUAAUGUAAAAGGAUUUGAUUUUGUAGUUCAAUAUAAAAAAAAAACAAAACAAAAAAAACAUUUUCUUUGUCCACUCUGAAUGUGUGUUAAAAGUGUGUGUGUGGAGACAUAGCUGUGGGUUUACGGGUACGGGAGUGAGUUUCUUUAUGUGCGUGUGAGCACAGAGGUUUGAUUUGUGUAUGAUUUAAGUGCAUUCAGAAUGAUUGGAACACACAAAAUUGUUUUACAAGAAUUAAAUUUAUGCACACAACGUUUUUUGUUUGGACUAUAAAUCACAUCUCCGAUAUUUCAGCCAGCUACAAGAAAUACAGUUAGUUUGAAUUGCAAGACAAUUUUCCAUGUGCUACAUGCAUUUUACAAUUAUUUUCAAUGUCAGAAUGUAGGUUCUCACAUUGACCGUGACAGCGUCUGUAUAUUUAGUGCUGUAUAUUUGCUAUAUUGUACUGACAGAAGGUGAAGCUAAUGAGGAGCCCAUGCUCUUUUCUUUCCUGUGAAGAAAAACAACUGGGGCUCAGUAAUAAUUUUUUUUUUUUUUUUUGUAAGAAAUGAAUUCCUCUGUUCAGCAAUGAUGCAUUAACAUUGAUCAGAAGUGACAGUGAAGAAAUUUAUAAUGAUUUAAAGGUUUUUUACAUUUGUCUUAUGAUGGUAAUGUUUCUCCCAAUCAGUAUAUUAGAAUGAUUUCUGAGGGACCAUGCAACAAUAAACUGUUUAAAAUCCAGCUUUGCCAUCACAAGAAUAAAUUACUUGUAAAAUAUAUUAAAAUAGAAAACAGCCUA